AUGAGAUGGUUUUCAGACCCAGUUGAGAGCCCAUUCAGCAUCAGAAAAGUCAUUGAUCUACAGCUACUUCCCCUCAAAAAGGAAGCUCAUGAAUGUGAUGAGUGUGGAACAACCUGCACUGAUCCCUCAUCUCUUACUGACCACCCUCAGUUUCAUAGUGGAAAGAAACCAUCUAUAUGUGAUCAGAGUAGGAAUGUGUAUGUGAUCAGAGAGUUGGUGACAUUCAAGGAUGUGGCCGUGGACUUCACCCAGGAGGAGUGGCGCCUCUUGGACCAUCCUCAGAAAGAGCUGUAUAUGGCGGUCAUGCUGGAGAAUGCUCAGAACGUUUUCUUCCUGGGACUUCUACUUCCCAGAGAAUCUUUGAUCUCCUGUUUUCAUCAAGGGGAAGCCCCAUCGAUGCGAGCCAAAGAAGGCCAAAGAAACUCCUGUCCAGUCUCAGUUGCAGGGAUAUCGGUCAGAUCACUCAAGCCAUUCAGAGCUCAUCAUGUCCCAGUUGUGAAGGAGAAUGAGGAUGCUGGGCCUGCCUGUGUGACAGAAGAGUUUGACUUUAGUUUGAGAAAAAAAUGUGACUCUGAUAUCAAGGUAGAGAGAUAUCCAGAGAGUUACUAUGAAUUUGAUGAAGAUGGAAAGAGUGUCAGGCAAUAUUCAUUUCUGAUUCAGUGUAAGAAAAUGGCCCCAGGGAAGGACUGUUCUCAGUAUGCCAAAUAUAGAGAAUCUUCCAAUGAACAGCUAGAGCUUAUUGAGUCCCAUGAGAAACCUCCCCAAGUAGAAGCCUAUCAAUGUACUCACUAUGAGAUGGUCUUCAGCCCCAGCUCAGAUCUCAUUCAGCAUCAGAAAAGUCAGAGUGGAAGAAUGCUUUUUAUACAUAAUGAAAAUGGGAAGGUGACCUCAAAGCCAAAGCUCAUUGAUCCACAGAUACUUCCCAUCAAAAAGGAAGCUCGUGAAUGUGAUGAGUGUGGAACAACCUGCACUGAUCAUUCAUCUCUUACUGACCACCCUCAGUUUCAUAGUGCAAAGAAACCAUCUGCAUGUGAUCAGAGCAGGAAUCCCUUUGGUUGGGACUCAGACCUUCUUAAACAUCCAGACAUUUGUACUAGUAAUGAUCCUUAUAAAUGUAAUGAAUGUGGAAUGGCCUUUAGCUACUUGUCACAUCUUAUGGACCAUCAGAGAACCCACACUGGAGAGAAACUUUAUGAGUGUAAUCAAUGUGGAAAGGCUUUUAGAAUCAGCUCCAGUCUUAAGAAACAUCAGAGAAUCCACACUGGAGAGAAACCUUUUGAAUGUAACCAAUGUGGAAAGGCUUUGAGAAGCAUCCUAAGUCUUAGGUAUCAUGAGAAAAUUCAUACAGGGGAGAAACCUUAUGAAUGUCAACAAUGUGGAAAGACUUUCAGAAGCAGCUCCAAUCUUAGUGUUCAUCGGAGAAUCCACAUUGGAGAGAAACUUUAUCAGUGUGAUCAAUGUGGAAAGGCUUUUAGAAUCAGCUCCAGUCUUAAGAAACAUCAGAGAAUCCACACUGGAGAGAAACCUUAUGAAUGUAAUCAAUGUGGAAAGGCUUUUACGCGGAAAACUAGUCUUACUUAUCAUGAAAGAAGCCAUACUGGAGAGAAGCCAUAUGAAUGUAAUCAAUGUGGAAAGACUUUCAGAAGCAGUUCGAAUCUUGGUGAUCAUCAGAGACAUCAGAGAAUCCACACUGGAGAGGAACCUUAUGAAUGUCAUCAAUGUGGGAAAGCUUUCAAAAGCAGUUGUAGUCUUAAGUAUCAUGAGAAAAUGCAUACAGGAGAGAAACCUUAUAAAUGUAAUCAAUGUGGAAAGGCUUUCAGAAUCAGCUCCAUUCUUAGGAAUCAUCAGGGAAUCCACACUGGUGAGAAACCUUAUGGAUGUAAUCAGUGUGGAAAGGCUUUUAGAAGUCGCUACCUUCUUAGUCAUCAUCAGAGAAUCCACACUGGAGAGAAUCCUUAUGAGUGUAAUCAAUGUGGAAAGGCUUUCAGAAGCAUCCCCAGUCUUAGGUAUCACGAGAAAAUUCAUACAGGAGAGAAACCUUAUGAAUGUAAUCAGUGUGGAAAGGCUUUCAGAAGCAGCACUAGUCUUAAGUAUCAUAAGAAAAUUCAUACAGGAGAAAAGCCUUAUGAAUGUAAUCAGUGUGGAAAGGCUUUCACAGAAUCCAGACAUCUUAUUCAGCAUAAGAGAAUCCACACUGGAGAGAAUCCUUAUGAAUGUAAUCUAUGUGGAAAGGCUUUCAAAAGCAUCCCCAGUCUUAGAUGUCAUGAGAAAAUUCAUACAGGAGAGAAGCCUUAUGAAUGUAAUCAAUGUGGAAAGACUUUCACAUGGAAGCAUGUUUUUGCUGUACAUCUGAGAAUCCACACUGGAGAGAAGCCUUAUGAAUGUCAUCUAUGUGGAAAGACUUUCAGAAGCAGAUCCAGUCUUACUCAACAUCAGAGAAUCCACACAGGAGAAAAACCUUAUGGAUGUAAUCAAUGUGGAAAGGCUUUUAGAAAGAGCUGCCAUCUUAGUAAUCAUCAGAGGAUCCACACUGGAGAGAAUCCUUAUGAAUGUAAUCAGUGUGGAAAGGCUUUUAGAAGUAUCCCCAGUCUUAGGUAUCAUGAGAAAAUUCAUACAGGAGAGAAGCCUUAUGAAUGUAAUCAGUUUUGAAAGAUUUUAACACAAUCCACACAUCUUACUCACUAUCUAAGAAUCCAUACUGGAGAAAAAUCUUAUGAAUAUAAAGAAUAUAAAGGGUUUCACACAAAAAUCCAAUCUCAG